AUGCCUAGCACCGAGUCCAUCCUUCAGGGCGUCAACGUCCUCGGCCCCGUUUCGGAGUCACAAAAGAAGAUUCUCACACCGGAAGCUCUUGCUUUCUUGGCCCUUCUCCAGCGGUCAUUCAACUCUACUCGCAAGGCUCUCCUUGAGCGCCGCAAGAUCCGCCAGGCCGAGCUCGACAAGGGCGCUCUGCCUGACUUCCUUCCCGAGACCAGACACAUUCGCGAGAACCCAACAUGGAAGGGCGCGCCGCCCGCUCCCGGGCUUGUGGACCGUCGUGUGGAGAUCACGGGCCCUACUGACCGCAAGAUGGUGGUGAACGCGUUGAACGCUGAUGUGUGGACUUACAUGGCUGAUUUUGAGGACUCCAGCGCUCCCACAUGGGACAACAUGAUCAACGGCCAGGUCAACCUCUACGACGCCAACCGCCGCCAGGUCGACUUCAAGAUCGGCAACAAGGAGUACAAGCUCCGCACUGAUAAGAAGCUCCCCACCUUGAUUGUCCGCCCCCGUGGCUGGCAUCUGGAGGAGAAGCACGUUACCGUCGACGGCGAGCCCAUGUCUGGCUCUCUCUUCGACUUCGGUCUGUACUUCUUCCACAAUGCCUUCCAGACCGUCAAGAUGGGCUUCGGCCCUUACUUCUACCUUCCCAAGAUGGAGUCUCACCUUGAGGCCCGUCUCUGGAACGAUGUCUUCAACCUUGCUCAGGACUACAUCGGCAUGCCCAGAGGCACCAUUCGCGGCACCGUCCUCAUCGAGACCAUCCUCGCCGCCUUUGAGAUGGACGAGAUCAUCUACGAGCUCCGCGACCACUCUUCCGGCUUGAACUGUGGCAGGUGGGAUUACAUCUUCUCCGUGAUCAAGAAGUUCCGUCAAAACUCCAACUUUGUCCUUCCCGAUCGGUCGGCCGUCACCAUGACCGUUCCCUUCAUGGACGCCUACGUCAAGCUCCUCAUCCAGACUUGCCACAAGCGCGGUGUCCACGCCAUGGGUGGCAUGGCUGCCCAGAUUCCCAUCAAGGACGACCCCAAGGCCAAUGAGGCGGCUAUGGAGGGUGUCAGAGCGGACAAGCUCCGCGAGGUCAAGGCCGGCCACGACGGCACCUGGGUUGCUCACCCUGCGCUGGCGGGCAUCGCGGUGGACAUCUUCAACAAGCACAUGCCCACUCCCAACCAGCUGUUUGUCAGACGGGAGGAUGUCACGAUUGGUCAGAAUGACUUGUUGAACAUGAACGUGCCUGGUCAGAUCACCGAGGCGGGUAUCAGGAAGAACCUGAACAUUGGCCUGGGCUACAUGGAGGCUUGGAUUAGGGGUGUUGGGUGUGUUCCUAUUAACUACUUGAUGGAGGACGCCGCCACAGCCGAGGUUUCCCGCUCCCAGCUCUGGCAGUGGGUGCGCCACGGCGUCACCACCGCCGAGGGCAAGAAGGUUGACAAGCAGUACGCCCUCAAGCUCCUCAAGGAGCAGACCCAGGAGCUCGCCGGCAAGGCUCCUCAGGGCAACAAGUAUGGUCUUGCGGCCCAGUACUUUUCCGGUCAGGUCACCGGUGAGGACUAUGCUGAUUUCUUGACGAGCCUGCUCUACAAUGAGAUCACCUCUGCUGGUCCGGCGAGAGCGGCUGCUAAGUUGUAAGUGGAGAAGGGGGGUGAUGGGGGAGAAGUUAAUGAUGACGUGGUGGUGAGCGAAGAGAAGCAAGACUGUAAACUUUGUGCAUUUGAGGCGUUGCGUUUGAUAUUUUUAUUUUUAUUUUUUUUGGUUUUACAGG